AUGGCACAACAAAUUGCUCCCUCUGCCCAAGUUCACAGGGGCAUUGUAAAACAAGUUCUUUCUGGAGACACUAUUAUUAUUCGUGGUCAGCCAAGAGGAGGACCUCCUCCAGAGAGAACACUGGCAUUGUCAUAUAUUGUAGCACCCAAACUUGGUCGUCGAGCUAAUCCUUCAAUUGAAGGUAGCACUGAUGCCAAAGAUGAACCCUAUGCUUGGGAAGCACGUGAAUAUCUUCGUAAGAUGCUCAUAGGUAAAGAAGUUCAAUUCGCUAUUGACCACAAAACUACUGGAGGUCGAGAAUAUGGUGUGGUUUGGUUCACCAAAGAUAUGGAAAGAUUGAAUGUUACUGAACUUAUUGUGUCAGAGGGUCUAGUUGAAGUGAGACAAUCUAAUGUGAGACCAUCAGAAGAAUUGACUAAGUUAGCACAACUUGAAACUGAUGCAAAAUCACAAGGAAAAGGAAAAUGGGGGAAGUCACCAAAUUCAAAUGCUGUUCGAAAUGUCACCUGGUCAGUUGACAAUUUGCGCCAAUUUGCUGAUAAGAAUCAUGGCAAACAACUUGAUGCUGUGAUUGAACAUGUUCGUGAUGGUUGUACUCUAAGAGCUAUGGUCGUGCCUUCAUUUGAAAUGUUGACUGUUGCUAUGUCAGGAAUUAAGUGUCCUUCACUUAAGAAAGAAGGAGAUACGGAUAUUGCCGAACCUUUUGCUGAGCAGGCUAUUUUUACUGAGUCACGUCUUCUACAACGUGAUGUCAAAUUGUUAAUUGAGGGACUCAGUAGUCAAAAUAUUGUCAUGGCUACUGUGAUUCAUCCAGUGAGACUAAUAGAUUGAUAGUUCUGAAAUAUUAUAGUUACUUUAUUUUCCUUUAAAGGCUGGUAAUAUGCUGAGCUAUUGUUACAGGAAGGGUUUGCCUGGUGUGUUGAUUGGUCAAUGGCUAUGGUAAUUAACAACAAGGAAAAGUUAAGAGCUGCUGAGAAACAAGCUAAAACUAAUAAACAAAGGUUUUGGAAAGACUAUCAACCUAAACCUCAGCCAACUAUGUCAGCAUCAAUACCAUCAAAAAACUUUUCUGGAAAGGUUAUUGAAGUUGCCAAUAGUGAUGCAUUAGUUGUCAAAACUGAUAAAGGACAAUAUCAAAAAAUAUUCUUUUCCAGUCUUCGUCCACCAAAAAAAGAUGAACCUGCAGACCAAUCUUCUAGUGCAUCAUAUAGGACAGAACGUACCCGACCAUUAUAUGAUAUUCCUUACAUGUUUGAAGCUAGAGAGUUUUUACGCAAGAAACUCAUUGGAAAGAAAGUAAAUGUAGUUGUCGACUACAUUAAACCAGCUCAAGAUCAAUUUUCUGAGAGAGUGUGCUGUACUGUGACUCGGGAAGGAGUAAAUAUUGCAGAGGCUCUCAUCAGCAAAGGAUUGGCUACAUGUUUGAAACAUGGUCGUAAUGAUGACCAACGUUCAUCUCAUUACGAUGAUCUCCUGACUGCUGAGAACAGAGCUAUUAAAAACAACAAGGGACUUCACAGCAAAAAGGAGUCAACUCUACAUAGAGUGGCUGAUGUAUCUGGAGAUCCAGCUAAAGCAAAACAGUUCUUGCCAUUCUUACAACGAGCUGGACGUACAACAGCAUUAGUUGAGUUUGUUACAUCUGGUUCUCGUAUGAAGUUAUAUUUACCAAAAGACACAUGUUUAAUCACUUUUAUUCUUGCAGAUAUUAGUUGUCCUAGAGCUGGUGCUACUGUUGAUCGCCAGAAGAUACCAGCUGAACCUUAUGGUCAAGAGGCGCUGUUGUUUACAAAAGAGUUGAUAAUGCAAAGAGAAGUUGAUGUUGAAGUAGAGAACUGUGAUAAAGGAGGGAAUUUUAUUGGAUGGAUGUUUCUUGAUGGACGUAACUUGGCUGUUUCACUAGUAGAGGUUAUAGUCACUGAAAUAGUCUCUGGAGACCACUUCUGGGCUCAAAAUGUUGAACAAGUGGCUGCUGAUAGUGGGGACAUAGAAGUGUGGCAUGUGGUCGCUCCUGGCAACACAUUAGAGAGUUCAGCUUCCUUAUCAAGCGGUCAUCAUGAUAUGGUGUUAAACCUUUGUGUGACCAAUGAAGGAAAAGAAGAUGGUGGUCGUGUGAUUAGUGCUGGUGCAGAUGGAUGCAUGAACAACAAGAAGCUAGGCCAAACACAAUCCUCCUCCACAAAAGGAACAAAAAAAGCAACCACACUUCCUCGCAAUAAAGCGCCUCCUCCACCUGUUCUUGCAGUGAAAAGUGGAAGAAGAGGAGAACGUGAGGGUUAUGGAUCUGGAGGAGUUGAUAACAUUGACUCAAGCUGUCCUACAGUUCUGUAUAUUGGAAAAGGUGGUUUCUGGGAGGGCAAAACUACAGAUCAACGAGGCUGGUUUCCACAAAAUGCGAUCAAAGAGUUAACCCAAGCUGCUACUGACCAGUCUCUGUGUGAAGCUAAUAGCGAUGACCUUGACAUGUACGAUCAAUAUCAAGAGAAUGACGACAGGGAAUGUGAAAAAGAUAACUCAUCUGACUCUGAGUCUCUGAACGAUCAGCAGUAUUUUGGUCCAGCUGCCUGGGAUUCCUCUCAGGAGGGCAACACAGAGGAUGAGAGGACCAUGUAA